AUGUACUCAAUUGCUGCCGCUCCAACGGUGGUGUAUUUCAAAGAUGGAAAAGAAGUUGAUCGUGUCAAUGGGUACAAGCCGAGCGAAUUCGAGAUGAAGCUCACAAAACAUUCUUUCGAUAUUGCUGCAGCUCCCCUUGAUUCGCAGCCGAAACCCAAGGAGGAUUUGAAUACUCGCUUGAAAAGGCUCAUUGAAUCCCAUCGUUUGAUGCUUUUCAUGAAGGGUUCACCCGAUAAUCCGAAAUGCGGUGAGAUUUUUAAUGUUACGGAUAUUUCAGUAGGUUCUGGAUUUUACAUAUUUCCGUUUCUUUGA